GUCCAUUAUAUGCGGUGAAGUCGCAGGGCGAGUAUUUCGGGGAAGCCGCUUUGCUCAUGGACACGCUUCGAUCGGCUUGGGUACGAGCAAAAACGUUCGUCGUUUUGGCGCACUUGACUAAGGACAAAUUCAAUUUCAUCAUGGAGGAGUGCCCGGACGAAAAAUUCAAGAUGCUCCAAGAAAUAAACGCGCAGCGCAGUGCGAUCGAACAUGAAGACGGUGCUUCGGCAUCCGGAACGACAACCGCGCUUAACUGAGCGUAGGAACCACAAGAUGUUACCGCCUAGGAUGCACGACUUCUGAAAUUGUAAGUCGAAAAUGAACAAAUUUAUAUACAUAGUCAAUGUAUUAAUUUACUUUCAUAUAUGUUGCGUUUGUUUGGCUUUGGAGCUCUAGUAUCUUCAAGUCAAAUGGUUCUACGUUUUUCUGUUCUGCAGCACAGGUAAUAAGAUCACGAUCAAGCAGUUACUCAAAUUCUACAAUACCCAUUUUCGUAUUCUUGAUAUAGUACUUCGUGGUCUCACGGGAACAGGACGUAAUUGCCGAUGGCGUAUGGCGACACGGAAACCUGAUCGAAUGAGCAUUAGUUGCAAGAAUAUCAUUAUGCUGUAUAGUGUAUGCAUAGUAGGAGUUGAGGAUGAGCCCCAUUCAAAGGGUGCGUUGCCCGCCGGUCCCUUCUAUUUUAUUGUGCACUACGGAACGCACAUAGAAGGCCAAAGUGGAGUUCCGUGUGCGUCUAGCAAAGGUGUAAAGUUGUGGAAAUUUCGGUUGUGCCACUAUUUUACUUCGUCCGUAUGUCCAAAAAGUUGAUUCCCAUGCUUGAAAAAUGCUCUGUCAAAGAUAUAUUAGAUAUAUCUUAUUCGGAACGGUGUAGUAGUGCUUCUGGAAAAAAUGAAAGAGGACCACUCUAGUACAGUUAUUUUAGCAUCAACAAUAAUAGAAGUAGACCACCUGAGACAUCAUUUGUCUUCUACUUCUGUACAGAUACAGUAAAUACAUAGAUGAACAUGAAAAAAGUCCAAGUUGAAUAUUGCUCCUAGGUCUGCAUCGGCGUGCGCGUGCUUUAUAAGUGGCAGUGCGUUCUAGUUUCGUAUCUAUCUGAUUCUUCAAUAGAGCCUGAGAGCACAACAUACAUACAACAGGUCUAGUGAUUAUAAGAAUGUCCAAUAAAGUUCAAGCUCGCAUUCUUUAGGUCUAGUAAUUAGAAGAAUGCCUACUCUCUUCCACCUUGCUGUGAAUGUUUUGUUUCGUUUCGAUUUGGAAAGUUGCAUGAUUCAGUAAUGUUGGUUGUCUUCUGCAUGUCAGUCGAUCAUUGAAUAAUUGUAAUAGAUUCGCUUAUAGUUUCUAAGUUAUCGCGAAUGAGGUCGAGUAUGACCCACUGCAUAUUGCGCAGUUGUUUAGUCAAACCGUGUUGAAUACAUUCCUCGUUUUCCCAUCUGAAAUUUUCAAAUGUCUGAUCAAAAUGUUCAGAUUUAUCUCAUGGUUGUAAAGCUAUAAUUUCAUGAAGAGGAACUUGAUCAGGAAAUUAUACGAACUAAGACCAAGACUUCUUUUCUGUGUGGUUCGAAAGCUUUCAAGUGUUUCGUUCAUAUAUAGAUUGUCACUUUCCACAGCAACUUCAGCUAUUAAUUGUCUCUCGUCAUUAAUAAGUUGAUAUUGUUGAUACAGUCGAAGAAGAUGAUCUCUAGUUGUACAAGAAAGGCAGCGUGAUGGGCUGCGUUAUUGGGGCUUCACAUCUAAGUACUUACGUUCCUCUGAUAUCAAUUUGGAGUAGUUACUGGACAGUGUGUUGUACCAAUAUGUGAGGAUCAUGCUUGACUGGGCGAUGUUCUGUGGAUGUCUGAUCGUACAUAAACGCCUAUGCGAGACGAGACUACACAUCGUCUUGAGCAAGACGCAGUGGAGCCAGGUUGUUGAGAUGACGAUGAGCAGAC